AUGCAGGUUGUUUAGACGGGACUCAGGAGAGAUUGAGAUCUAAUAAUGGAUAUCCUGAUUAUGAUGUAGUGGGUAAUCUAAAUGAGCGUGUAGAUGUUCCCUCUGUAAUUUACAUUAAUGUGGUUUAUUUGAGUUUUAACUUUUGUAUUUUACCUAUCCAUAACAAUACCUCUUCCGUUGCAGCUAAACUACAUCCCUCCCUACCUCGUAUGUUCCAAAGCUGGGUAGUCUUUGUGUGAGGGAGAGAGGAGGGAGCACAACUCCGAUAGCAUUGAGUCCACGAGCGUAUGACAAACGAAAUUACCCUGCAGAGUGAUCCAUUGGGAGAUUAGGAAAUGGUUCUGAACUGAAACCCGCUUCAAAACACGACAGAACAAUCCACGACCACCGCAGCAGGGGGGAAUUUGCAAUUGGACAAUGCUGAGUUUAUGUUGAACUUUUACAAGUUAAUUUAUAACGGAUUAGGUGCGCUGACAUCCCUAAAAUGGACAGCGGUUGAAGCGGAGUGUAGUCUAAAAAAUAUAUUAAUUUAGAAUUCAACCAACAGCGAGUGAGUUUCAUACUUAGGACAAUAUCGCGUAGGGCAUCUAUCUGAAGGCUAUAUCCAAAUCUUCUGUUACGCUACAUCGACCUGCAACUGUUUCGUGGCGAGCAGGAAGCGCUCAAAAAUGGCAUCUCUCAGGAGAUGCUGCUCUACUCCGGGGCUUCGGACACUAAUUAUGGCCUUUUUCGUCCUGCUCCUGUGCAACAGGCUUGUGGCCCAUGAGGAGGAGGAAGAUCCUCUCAACGCCGAGUCAUGGUUGCGGAGGUUUGGCUACCUGUCCCAAGCCAGCAGACAGAUGUCCACCAUGCAGUCGUCGCAGAUCCUGUCCAAGGCCAUUGGAGACAUGCAGCGUUUCUAUGGGCUGGAGAUCACUGGGGAGAUGAACCAUGCCACGUUGAUGGCCAUGAAGAAACCUCGCUGUGGUGUUCCUGACAGGCCCUCGGAGCAGCAGAGUGAGGCGGGGGCCAGGAGGAGGCGCUAUGCCCUGACAGGACAGAGAUGGGAUAAGAACCACCUCACCUACAGUAUUAAGAACCACACCCCCAGGCUGGGAGAGGAGCGGACCAAGGAGGCGAUCCGCCAAGCCUUCCAGGUGUGGGGAGCAGCCUCUCCCCUGACCUUCCAGGAGAUUCACUCCCAGGAGCUUCACUCCCAGGAGCUUCCCUCCCAGGGCUUCAUCAACAGCAGCCAGGAGUACUUCGACAUACAGCUACUCUUUGCCAAUGGUUACCAUGGAGACAUGUCACUGUUCGACGGCGAAGGGGGUUCAUUGGCUCAUGCCUUCUACCCGGGCCCCGGGAUCGGUGGAGACACACACUUCGACGCAGACGAACCAUGGACACUGGAUAACCAUGACCCGGCAGGUAUAGACCUAUUCCUGGUUGCGGUGCAUGAGCUGGGCCAUGCUCUGGGCCUGGAGCACUCUGACAGCUCCUCGGCCAUCAUGGCUCCCUUCUACCAGUACAUGGACACUCGCAACUUCUCUCUGCCACAGGAUGACGUGGAGGGCAUUCAGGAUAUAUAUGGCCCUCCUGACAAUGCACCAACUGAUGCUCCUCCCACAACCACUCCUGACUCCCCUGACGACAAACCCCCUACCAACCAUCCUGACACCGCUCCCCAGGACCCCACCACCUCUGACAUCCCCAAUGACCAGCCCGGCCCCACCAACGCCCCGGACCCUUCGCCUCAACCAGAGCCUAGCCCCUCCCACACACCUCAAGACCGCCCCCUGCCCAGCACCACGGCCCCUCAGCCUGAACCCAUCACUCCCUACGUUCGGGUGGAGUUCCCCCCUCCACCUCCACCCCCCAGGCCACCCAAGCAACCUGAUCAGGUCCCUGAUAUAUGUGACGGGGACUUUGACACGGUCACAAUGCUGAGAGGGGAGAUGUUCGUCUUUAAGGGUUGUUGGUUCUGGCGGGUCAGGAGGAACCGGGUUCUGGACAACUAUCCCAUGCCCAUCUCUGUGUUCUGGGUCGGACUGCCCCAGGACAUCGAUGCAGCAUACGAACGCCAUGAUGGGAAGUUUGUCUUCUUCAAAGGAGAUAAGUACUGGGUGUUCCGCGAGGCAGAUGUGUUGCCAGGUUACCCUCAGCCCCUGGAGGAGUAUGGUAGGGGGGUCCCGGGCCACAGCAUCGACACAGCCAUCUGGUGGGAGCCCACAGGCUACACCUAUUUCUUCAGAGGAGACAGGUAUUGGCGCUACGAUGAGGAGUUGCGUGCAAUCGAGUCAGGCUACCCUAAACCAAUCAGCCGCUGGGGCAAUGUCCCGCCCUCUCCACGGGGAGCCUUCCUCAGUGAAGAUGGCGCCUACACCUACUUCUACAAAGACUCGUUCUACUGGCGCUUUGACAACGUAAAGAUGGAGGCAGACCCAGGCUCCCCGCGCUCCAUCCUCAAGGACUACAUGGGCUGUCAUAGUGCCACACACCCUGACCCCCACACGCACACCGAUACAGACACAAACACGGACAGAGACACACACACCGAUGCGGGCACAGGCACAGACAAGGAGAGGAAGUGGCCUGGUGUGAACCAGCCCCCCGUUACAACGGCUCCCAACCCAGAUGGAGACAAGGACUCCGGAGCUGGGAGAGAGUACGACGAAGAGGAAGACGAGCAGGAGAAGGACGUGAACGUGGUGGUGAGGUUGGCCGACAAUGACUCCAAGGUCAUGACCCUGAUCAUGGUGACGGUGCCGCUCGUUCUAAUCCUGGGGAUUUUGAUCCUGGUGUACGCCAUCAUUAACUCCCUGCAGAAGAAGGAGACUCCCAGGCUGCUGGUUCACUGCAAACGAUCUCUACAGGACUGGGUCUGAGGAUGUUGUUAGUAAACACACCCUCACUGUCAAAUGCACAUACUCGUACACUCAGUCACACAGUCAAAUGUAAACACACACACACACACACUUUUUUGCAUUGAAAACACACAUCAUUUUACAUGCCCCGACAAAGGUAUAUGCAGUGUACACACACAAAAAACACAAUCUUUCCCUGACCAUGGUGCUUUAGCUGACCUUGACCCUGUUUAAAACAGACCAUUUUGGUCUUUUGCACUUUUAUGACCCACGUUUUAUAUGUUUUAUCUUUGUUUUUGUCACAGCUGCAGUUUGUGUGUUUUUUACCCAAACAUGACCUAGGUCCUGUUACUGUACCCAGAAACAUAAAACCUUGUUGGUGUGGUCCAACCAGCAAUGGAAUGACUAUGACUGACACACAUGCACGCACACACACACACAGCUGUGUUCAUAUAACAAAAAGCCCCCCCCCCCAUUUCCCUGCUGUGGUCCUCUCUACAGCCAAAACAGACAGGGCUGUAUUCAAGUGGAGGGACAUCUAUAUUAAUACUGUGUUUUAAGCCCCCUUAAGUCGGAUAAAAUGCAAGUGUUGUAACGACUUGUGGUAGAAGCGACGUCUCUGUGCAUCUACAGUACGUAUAGCUGCUCUAAAGGUGUGCCUGGUGGAAUGGAGGCUGGAUCUGGUUUGCAUUACACAGAUGUUGUCCAUUUAGUCAUUCUGGGUGGAAGGGGCUGGAGAGGGGAUGGGUAAAGAGAGGAGAGGAAGGGAGGGAGACGGAGAGAAGGGAAUGGUAGUCUGUCCAGCAUUGACUUUUGUCUGAGUUACAAGUUCUUUGGUGCGGGGGUGGGGGGAGGAAGGGUGAGGGGGAGUGGAGGAGGGGGUGAGGGCUUUGCUGGCAUUGUGCCUCGUGACCUAGAUUGGCGAGCUCCGCUCCUAUUUUUUUAUGGUCAUAUUUUUGGGGGGGUUAUGAGAGGGCUGGCUGGAGGGGGGAUCUGUGGGACCUGCUCCCUCUUCCCCUUGCCUAUUUUCGUACUUUUCUCUACUCUCCAAUUCUAUCAACCUCCAUUCGUUCUCUCCCUUUGUUUCCCUUCUUUAAAAGAAAAGUGUUAGAGCUGAAAAUUAAACAAUGACUGUGCCUUUUUUUGUUACUGAGUAGUUAAUCAGGGGUUUUGUUAAAGUAGCUGGUGUCUGUGUGUUAUUUGAAUGUUUAUAACUUUGUUUAAAAAUGUUUGGUUGCUCUCCUUCAACAGAGCCCCUUCCAUGGGCCUCCUGUUAUUGCCAAGUCCCCUCUACCCCAAAGUGCUUUUUUCUUCCUUGCGCAGACACACAGACACACACACACACAGAUAUAGUGAAUUUGCCUGUAGUAGAAAUCAUAAUAGCAUACAUACACACAGGCCCAGCUUAAUAUUAUGCAUACCUAGAGAACUAUUGCCUUGAUGUGUACAAUUAUGGGACCAAUAAAGAUCUUUAGCUACAUGAGGGUUUUCCUCAGCAAAGCCACUAUGCACAUGUAUGAUUUACACAAUGCCUGUUAAUGGGUUUUGUAUCGCCUGUGUUCUGUACCAUGUGUGCUGUUUGAUAAAUUGUUUGUUUGAAUGGAAACUAAUACAAAAAUGACUUUUUCUAUGUUGGUUUUACAGAAUAAUCGUUUUUUGUUUUGUUUAUUCCAUUUAGAUUUGUUUUUGUACAUUUGUGUUCACAGAGACACAGUAGAAUGAUGCAUGCAGGGCAUGUUCUGUAGAGCCUAUACACAGAUGUUACUGUAGGACUAACGUGUUGUUAUAAGUUCACAAUAAAACCUGAAUAAAGACA